UGGACACGUCCUUCGCACACGCCCACGGCUUGUGUAACACUCGAGGGCCGCGUGGCUGCCAGCGGCCGCACGCAACCACGCUGCUCCGGGCGGUGCUGAGGAUGCGGCGGGGACAAGGGAAGCGAAAGGCCGAGGUCACGGAGGUGCCACCUGUGUCUCGGAGGAGGACGGAGGAAGAGGAGGCGAUACAGGAGGCCCGUCGGAAGGCGGCCCUGUCCGUUCGAGAGUUCAAGUACAACAAAAAGCGGGUUCGCCUUGUCUCACAGGGCUCGGACCUAAAGGAUGAUGCUCGGUGCAUCCUUUACUGGAUGUGCCGGGAUCAGCGAGUGCAAGAUAACUGGGCUUUCCUCUACGCCCAGCGCCUGGCCCUCAAACAGGAGCUGCCUCUGCAUGUCUGCUUCUGCCUGGUGCCCAGAUUCCUGGAGGCCACCAUCCGCCACUACAGGUUCAUGCUGAGGGGCCUGCAGGAGGUGGCGGAGGAGUGUGCAGAGUUGAACAUCUCCUUCCACUUGCUGCUGGGCUAUGCCAAGGAUGUGCUGCCCACGUUUGUGGUGGAGCAUGGUGUGGGUGGGCUGGUGACAGACUUCAGUCCCCUCCGCCUGCCCCGGCAGUGGGUGGAGGACGUCAGGGAACGGUUGCCGGAGGAUGUGCCAUUUGCACAGGUUGAUGCCCACAACAUCGUGCCCUGCUGGGUCGCCUCCCCCAAGCAGGAGUACAGCGCCAGGACCAUCCGGGGCAAGAUCCAUGCUCAGCUACCUGAGUUCCUCACUGAAUUUCCCCCUGUUGUUCGUCACCCACAUUCCCCCUCCUGCCCAGCAGAGCCCAUCGAUUGGGAGGCCUGUUAUUCCAGCUUGCAGGUGGACCACACCGUGAAGGAGGUGGAGUGGGCAACCCCUGGCACAGCUGCAGGACUGGCUGUGCUGAAGUCCUUCAUUGCAGAGCGGCUGAAAUUCUUCAGCACCCACAGGAAUGAUCCCAACAAGGCGGCUCUCAGCAACCUGUCCCCGUGGCUUCACUUUGGCCAAGUUUCCACCCAGCGAGCCAUCCUGGAGGUGCAGAAGCACCGGCGCAUGUACAAGGACUCAGUGGAUGCAUUUGUGGAGGAGGCUGUGGUGCGGCGGGAGCUGGCUGAAAACUUCUGCUACUACAAUGAGAACUACGACACCGUGCAGGGUGCCUAUGACUGGGCGCAAACCACCCUGAAGCUCCAUGCCAAAGACAAGAGGCCUUAUCUCUACAGUCUGCAGGAGCUGGAGCAGGGGACCACACAUGACCCACUCUGGAAUGCUGCCCAGCUGCAAAUGGUCCAGGAGGGCAAGAUGCACGGCUUCCUGCGGAUGUACUGGGCCAAGAAGAUCCUGGAGUGGACGCGUUCCCCUGAGGAGGCCCUGCAGUUUGCCAUCUACCUCAAUGACCGCUACGAGCUGGACGGGAGGGACCCCAAUGGAUACGUAGGCUGCCUGUGGUCCAUCUGUGGCAUUCACGACCAGGGCUGGGCGGAGCGGGCCAUCUUUGGGAAGAUUCGCUACAUGAACUACGCCGGCUGCAAGCGCAAGUUCGACGUGGACCAGUUUGAGCGUCGCUAUGCCCCCACACACUCCCAGUGACCCUCUCUGCUGGGGCACGUUGUGCCUUUGCCAAGCUGCCAGCUUGCAGUGAUCACCCAGGGCAGGGAUCACCCCGGGAUGCUGAAGGGCUCCCUGCAGCAGCAGCAAGCUCCAAGGUUUUGCAAGUCUUUGCCAUCAGCUGGUGCUCGAGUUGCCACACUGGGGCAGCUGCUGGAGCCCUCCUGCUGCCACAGGUUUGCUGGCAGCUGUGAGAGCCCAUCUUCAGCAUGCCUGUGCCUGCCAGAAGCCUUUGUUACGACCACUGUCCUCAGGAGUAGCCCAGAUCGCCAUUGCUGCUGGUAACCACAGCUGAGAUUUGGGCUGAGCAAGGUGUUUUUAGGAAAAAGCCCCCAGGAAGAGGCUCUUCGUGAAGCCAGUGCUGGGGCUGUCAGACCCAUCUUUCAACAGUUGUUUUAAAGUUUACAGCUUCUAUCA